AUGGUUCGAUACGCAUCUAGAUAUGGGAACUCACAUUACAAAGACUUGUAGCAACGCUCUCUAUUAUUUAUACAAUACACGUCAUAUUAGGGAAUAUUUAUCCAGAGAAUGAACUGAGAAAUUUGCAAUAUUAAGAACUGUACACAGAUGCGUCAGAGGUUCUAGAUAUCCAUUCAAAUCACGUGAGGUCUCAGAAGACUUCUCUCACGCUGUAGCCGGUCUACAUCUGUAUUCAUAAUUUUAGGCCUAGAUCUUUAAUAGUUUUUUUUUCUUAGUAAUACUUGAUUUUUAAAUUUACAUAAUUUUUCUUAGUUAAAUUAACUCUUUCUAAGCUAAAUUAAAUCGACAGGAAUUGUCAAUAGUGUUUUGAAUGAAUAGUUUUUUUUUCUUCUUUUUUAAGCGAAUUAAUUGUAAAUAGGAUUUUAAUAGUUAGCAUUGUUGUCAUUAGUAUUCGAAUAACUUUUUUUUUAAUUGAAAUGGAUUUUUUAAUCGGAAUUAGGUGGUUAUUUUAAUCAACUGAGAAAUUAGUUUAUGCUUUUAUCAGUAGUAGAUUGGAUUAUUGUAAUAGCCUUCUGUAUGGAAUCCCGGAAUAUCAGACUAUGACGUGUUAUGAAUGCGAGUGCAAGACUUAUAUAUCGUGCGCACAAGUUCUGUCAUAUAACACCUCUACUCGCAGAAUUACAUUAGUUACCAGUGCGCUCCAGGAUACAUUAUAAGAUACUCUUGAUAACUUUUAAAAUUUUGCAUGGCCUAUCACCUAAGUACCUUUCAGAUUUAAUUAGUAUUCGACAGCCUUCGUCCUACCAUUUGAGGCGCAACGACAAUGGUCGUUUGUUGGAAAGACCAAGUGUGAAAACCAAGAAAACAUUGGGAGACAGAGCUUUCCAGGUAGCUGCUCCUUUCCUAUGGAAUAAGCUGCCAAGGUCCGCGCGCGAAGCAACGAAC